GCUUGCUAAUGUUGGUCACGUGAUUUGUGGCCAUUUUAGUAGUGUCUGACAAGUUUGUGUUUAUCGUGUUUUGUACAGAAUAUAAAAAUUAUACCGACAUGUAGAGAUGCAUUUUUAGAUAUCUCGUUAUAAUGGUUGAGGCAGUUGUGGAGUUUGAGUAUGUGGCAGAGCAGGCUGAUGAGUUGUCGCUACAUGUUGGUAAUAUCGUCAAGAACAUUGUGCGCUCCGAGGGAGGAUGGUGGGAAGGAGAGCUCAAUGAUAAGAAGGGAAUGUUCCCGGAAAACUUUGUCAAAAUACUGAAAUCUGAAGACAAAUCAAAGCCAGAGCCCGAGAGUGGUGUGGGUGUUAAGAAAAGUGCAGCACAGAGGAAAUCGGUCCGGGAACUGGCAAAUAAAUUCAAGGAUGCCAAUGUUCAUCUAGGUGCCAUGCCGCCGCCAAAAACAAAAGAAGUGAAGAAGAAGUGCAAGGUUGUCUUUGACUAUACUCCUGAGAACGAAGAUGAGCUACUGUUACACACAGGAGAGGUCAUAGACUUUAUCAGAGAGGUUGAAGAUGGGUGGUGGGAGGGUUCACUGAACGGAAAGACUGGUGUGUUCCCGUCCAACUUCUGUGAGAUGAUAGAGGAACCUGAAGAGAGUUCAUCUCAACCACCGAUAGCCGCUGACAGACCCAUUAACUCGGUCACAGGUUCAGCUGAAGAGCCAGCUCCGGAACCAGUCAGUGAAAUCAAAGGCAAGAAGGUGAUGGGUAUCGGCCUCGGUAACAUAUUUGAAGGAGGACCAAUCAAAUUGAGGAAGGCAAAGGGUGACAUUAAAAUAAAGUCGGAAAAACCUACAGAAACAAAGGAAGUGAGCAAGAGGAGUGAACACAGCUCGACCCCGCCACCUAUUCCUUCGACCCCAGUCCCACAUGCCCCUACCUCAUCACACCCCCAGCCGACAGAGCCCGAGGUCGUCAAGAGAGAGGUCAAAGAUAAAGGUGAUAUGGCGAUAGUGCGAUUCUCGUACACCGCAGAGCAACCCGACGAGCUGUCACUGGAGACUGGGCAGGUGGUUAACAUCCUCGACAUGAAGCUAGAGGAUGACGGCUGGUGGAAAGGAGAACUUGGUGGCAAAGUCGGAGUCUUCCCCGAUAACUUUGUCGAACUUAUUGUCGAGCCUAAGCCCAAACGACCUUUACCUCCUGUGAACACAAGCACGAAGCCGGCCCCCACUCCAGGCCAUAAACCGGUCAGUGCAAACCACAAAGGAGGAAUUUACCCCAAAGUACCAGACAAAGUGCCUGUUGCUGCCGCCGUGACAAAUGAAAGCAAGAAACCUGAUUUGCUACAGGAAACAAAACAUGAAGUAAAACAUGAACUGAAACAUGAACUGAAACACGAGCUAAAGCAUGAAACUAAAUUCGAACCAAAACUGGAAUCUGUUCAUGGUAUGAAGAAAGAAUCUGCUGAGUUUGUAUCGACGAACGCAGUGACUAGUAAAAAGGGUGGACCCCCUCCAGUGAGCAAAAAACCUCCAUCGGUCAAACAGGAAUCGACCAAACGAAGCAGUCACUCUAGGCCAGACUCUAGAGAGGCUCUGUCUUCGAAAGACGUUAAAAUGAAGGAAACAAAACAUUUGGAGAAAGACAGCCGGUCGGAAGACGAAAACUUGGUGGAUACGGAUGAGGAUUUGGAUAAUCUGGAGACAUCAGGAAAUAAACUUGUCCAUCUCACGGCCAUGCGGCCUAAGGCUCCAAAGAAACGACCACCAUCAUUUUUUGUAACUCCAGGCGAGUCUGAUGCCCUCAGUCCAGAAGAUCAACCGACACCCAAUAUACCCGACCUGGCUCCUCAUUCACACCACAACAAACAUGAAACGGAAAAACCUGUUCUUCCAGUACAUCAUGGGAAACACAUGAAAGAUGCUAAACAUGUUGGACAUGGUGAGAAUGACAAGAAAGCGGUGAGCCGUGACCAAUCAAACAGUGUUCCACCUCCACGCCCCCCAGAACCAGCUGUUGGAGGUGAACAUGUUCCGAAGGCCUUUGAAGACCUGCAGAGGGAGUUCCGUAAGCUGCAGGCGUCGAUGGUGUCUCGGAGCGAGCACCAAGAGCUGAAGAGUGUGUGUGACAGUCUCCGGUCUGAGCUCGACACGGUGAAGUCGACGUACUCGAAGAAGAUCCGCGAGUUGAUGAUGGAAGUGGACGAGGAGAAGAAACUGCGACUCUCCACACAGGUGGAGAUCGAGAGAAUAAAGAAACUGUUAGCCGAGUCGCACGUCUAGUCAAAUGUGUCCGCGACUUGGCCAGCCGGAACGUGGAACGUUGUUUCAUAUCUUAACAAGCAUUGACGAUUCGUCCUCAGUUAUCAUGCAUCUUGUGAUACUCCCAGAUAGGUGUAGCUAGGCACGUCUUAUCUCUUCUUUAUUUUUUCUUAAAGUUUUUUUAUAUCAAGUGUUUAGUUUACAUACUUAAACCACUUUAAAUAGUAGAUGAAACAAAACAAUAAUACCUUAUUUUAAUGUCUUGAUAAUUAUUAGUAAUUAGUAUGACUAUUGUUUUACUCUAGUUUAUUUUAUGACAAAUAUUUUGAAGAUGUUCCUUUGUACUAGUAUUUUUACUUGAUGAAAAACUUUCAGUGAGUAUGAGAUAAGACUAAUUUUAUGUAUAUUCAUAAACACAUUCCAGUUUACCGACAACUCAAACCUGUUAUAAAUGUUCAGCCUGUUUAGUGGUGGCAGAACAAACCUGUUUAUCAAUUAUUGUAUUGAUAAAGUUUGUUGUUAUUGUCUCACCUUGACGAAAUCAAAUGGCAGGAUACAGGUAUUACUUUUCCCACGGUGAUGGUGGCAUCAUUAACUUUCGCGUUUAGCUACAAUGUCAUGUAUUUAUAUAUUUUUUAUUAAAUUAAUUUUGGGGAAUUUAAUUUUUAAAAAUAUUUUUUUAAAGAACUAGAUUAAUCUUGAGUGUUACUUAACAAAUUAUUUCUUUAUUCAUAGAAUCAGUUUAUGGUAGACGAGCCAUUUAAUUGAAUGGAUUUCUUGGCUAGUUACCUUUUACAGCUAUGGUAUUUUACCCAUGUAUAUUUGGUAAGAUAAUCGGGCAUUAAAUUUGAGGAAUUGUUUUUGGUAAAAGAUUCCAACAGAAUCAUAAAAAUUAUUUAAUAAUCCUCCACUUUAGAUCAAGAAUCUCGAAACCAUCGUACUGUACCAGGGCCUUGGUUUACAAAGUGCUAAGAUCACCUGAAGUGUGUACGGUAGUUAGUACAUACAGUGAUCUUAGCACUGAGGUCACUUCUUCAAAUUGGACACACCUGUUGAGUUCAUCUGUUGAGGAAUAAUUUGUGUCAUGAUUAGUGAGACAUGUUGGCUUUCUGUCUUGAUUACAAAACCUUUUCUUGGCUUUAUAAGUGCAUAGAUCUAAUACUGUAUGGUAUAUAGCUUACGUGAUCUAUGGGACUUUGCAACAAUUUCGUAGUGCUUUGUGGGGGGUAAAAAGGCCAGAUGUUACCUAGCUAAAGUGUUGAACUUCCCCUAGUAUUAUUUACUUACAGCUGCUGUAUAGUAGAUUUCUCUAGUUUUCUUCGUAAAAGAAUUGCAGACAACAUUUUCGCCAUUGUAAUGUUAUUGUUUUUGAUACUCGCCUACCAUGCAGAAAAUCAUUGAAGCCUUGAAUGUAAAUAAUACAUCAUCGAUUCAUAUUACUGUAAUUAACUCAUUAGCAUCAUUGAUUGGGUUUUUAAAACAUAUUAAUAUUAUGAAUACAUUUUCUUUAUCAUUGUUAGCUUUAAUUUUAAAUCAAUUGUGUUAUUUUGUUAAACCAAUUUGAAUUAGAAAAUUACCUUUGAUUAUUUUUGAUAAUACUGAUAAGAUUUCUCGUAAAAACUGGAUAUUAGAUUUUCUUUUCUUACUGUACCACAUUUCCUUCUUUCCAAUAGACUGUUCUGGAAUUCUGAACUCCUAGUCAGUCAUUGGCUGAAUUUCCCAUUGAGGUAUCUCAGGACUGGAGAAAUAUAUGUAAUCAAUAUUAUCAUGGCAAGUCAGCAGUUGCUACAGUGUGAAAUGUCCCAAAUUUGAACUUUUGUUUUUGUUGUGGUACAGGUGUUUUAAUCUGCAUCAUGAUACCCAGGAAAAUAAAUAUCUAAAAAAAAAAAUUUUAAAUUAUAAUUUUUUAUUAAUUAAAAAUUUAAGAAAACUAAGUGUUUGAUACUAUUUAACCAGGUCGGAAUAUUGAAUACAGGGUUUACGCUUUCACCCACAUCUGUGGCAUCAACUAGAGAAUGGUUUGUGUUUCUGUUGAAACUGGCACUUGAUAUGUCUCUUAGGGUUUUGUGUUUAUUAAAAUGACUCUUUUCUAAGAUUUUAUGCACAGAUGUGUUGUGAUUGUAAAUAUCACAGUUUUGUGCAGUAAAUAUUACAUUUACAACACAAGUUCCACAUUCUGAUACAACCUCGUGUCUUGUGGAAUAUUAGACAUGUGGCACAUGUGUCACAUAUAAACUGAACACUGUAAUAUAUACAUGUAUAUUUAUAUUGUGAUUUGGUGCAUGGUUUUGAUAUUGAAAUAUUUAUAUUGAAAGCCAGUGUUCCUUUGGAAUGCAUGAUUCAAGAUAUUUAUUAUAAUGCAUUAAGAUAUUGUCUUCAAAACAAGUUAUCGCUCUUGUUUGGCACUGCUGUAGAAUAUUAACAGUUUGACGGUGAUCUCUCUCUCUUCUUUUUGUGGUGAUUAUUAUACUUUUAAAUAUAGUGAAAUCUGUCAAAACCAGACCCUGAACAAACCAGAAUACUGUAAAAACUCGACAAGAUUGUCCAGAAUUGUUUAAAUUUUAAAAUGCGACUCUUAAGUUCUGAAUCCUGUCUAAAUCGGAUAAAUAGUAGGUCCCUUUGUGAUUUGGUUUAGACCGGUUUCACUGUAUCACACAACAGCAAAGCCUUGAUUGUUUUGUUUUUUUCUAGUAUGCUGAGGUUUUUAAAUUAUGUCAUUAUUGUCAUGUUCAUGUUUCAACCUAACACAUAACAGGUUCUCUUGAAUCUACUAAAUACAUUUUUAUGAGACCUAUUUACAUCUUUUGACAAAACAUUUAAGCUAUUACAUUUGAUAUAGAUUUGUUUACUAGAGCAGCCAGUGUUGCUGGUUAUGAAAUCAUUCCUUUGUUAUAUUUAUGAAGUUUAAUGCCUGUUAUAUUUUGAAUUUGUUAAGCUUGGUGAUCAAUUUUAUGUUUAUUUACUUUCAUUCAAAAUGCCAUGCAUUCCAUUUAGUAUUUUGUUACAUGGAGAAACAAUGGCGCAAUACUUUGUAUCUAUAAAAAUAUCUGUUAAAAAUUCAAUAUUAGAUUGUAAUUAUUUGUGUUAAAAAAGUUAUUUAGUCUGUGGAAUAGACCAUGUUUAUACAGUACAUACGUUACAAAGCAGAGUUUAAGCUGCUGUUUGCCAAAUAGCCAGAUGCGAAAUAAAGUUGAAUUAGGUGAAGAUAUGACAUUACCAAUUCACCAAAAUGUUUAUUCGAAAACCGUUUGUUGGUUCUGUUUAGCUAAAUGUUACUUGAAUUUGGCUACAAAUUUUGUUAUGAAAUAUGCCAAAUUCCUAUUAAGUUUUUUGUCCAGCUUAAACGACAACAAAUUUAUGUUUUAAAAUAUACAAUCCGUAGUAAACAGUGAUCCGACAUCUUGAAACUUCCAGCCUAAACAUCUCAAACAUUUUAAUACUGAUGUUACUGUCUGAUAGCUGUUGUAUUCAGUUUAUCAAACCUGUACCUGUCACCUGAUAUUUCAGUCUUUGGGAUACGUCUUUCUAUCCACAGAGUAUGCUUUGCUCAACUAUGAAAGAUUUAUAAAUAAGGAUGGGAUGGGGUUUGCUUCCUUAAUAUUAUAAAUUGCAUUUGGCGACUGGAUGUUAUUAAGUCGUUAUUCUGAAUGUUUUAUCAUUGGCAUCGGAAGAUGCUGUUAACAAGGGCUAACACAUAUUCUGGCCCUUCCAGCUUCAAAGUUGGGGUGGGGGAGAAGUGACACCCAUGCCCCCUUACUUCUAACGCCUAUAGUUUUAUACAUAUAUUGAAUUUUGACUAUUAAAAUCCAGGUUAUUUUUUUUCUUUGCGUAUAUGUGUAAAAUAAUAUUUAGUUGAUUACAUUAUGAAUCACAGGUUGUGACACGUCUGCACGUAAAAUCUUAUAACACUUUCUUUAACACACCAUUUGUCUUCCACUCCACAAACAGCAUAGACACUUAUGCAAACGUUUUGUAAAUGGCCAGUACCUUUCCUCAGUAGUUGUGUGUUCAUAUAUAUACCAUUUCUGUGCUGUGCUGUUACUUCUAAACACAUUCACAAGAUCUGUAGCAAUAUGAUAUUAUAUAUAGAAUUUGAAUUUCCUUGUCCUUGUCAGAACCUAGAAAUUAUGCUAAUGCCAUUUUGUUUAGGCCUUGCCUGUAUUGUUGAUCUUAAUAGCAGAAUGAAAAUGGCACUGUUUUUAUAUGUCACAUGCAUGUAGAUGUAACAUAGAAUGACUGGGAAAUUUACAGAUAGGACUGGCAGGCUAAAUCAAGAUGUGUACAUAGAUAAUGUAUAAAAGCAGAGUUUGUUUUGAAAUAGCUUUUUAGUAUAUAAUUGCUGAAUCAUGAGAACAAAUAAUUUAUUUACAAUUCUCGAGAUGUUGUUAAUUUUAAAAGAUUAAUAUUGUACAAUUUUAUAUCUUGUGAAUCAGCUUUGUAUAUUUUGUCCUUGUAUAGCAAAUAAUUUCAAAAUAGGUAAUAUAAGUUAAACAAAAUCACAGUUAAUGUUUAUGAUCGUACGUGGAACCCAUUGUUAUUUAUCUGAAUUUUUACAUUCAGAAUAUUUUUAUUAGUUCAGAAAUUAAAUGUGUGUGACGUGUGGUGGAUGAAUCAAAGGUGUUUGUGUUUUGAGCCUAAUAUUCAGCGCCAUGUGUGGGGUGAUAACUCAAGCACAAUCUCAUCAAAUCAUGUUGCAUAUUAUCAAAUGCUCAUCGUUGGACUUGCUUUCAGUGUUACAAAUUAAAACAUUGAUUAAUAAGUGCACCUUUGAGAGUGUUGUAAAAUGGGAAGAAAAAAUACAAAUUUCACAAGCAUCCUCUUGUUAAACUUUUUAGGAAAGUGUAAAAUGAUUUGUUAAAUCAUGCUACACACACAGUCCACCACAAAUUAAUUAGGUCUGUCUGGAAUAUAUUUAAUAUUGUGAACUGACCUAGUUGAUUCUCAGUCGAUAUGUUUAUCAGUUGAUAUGUUUAGCCACUACCACUCCCGGUUCUACAGCUGGUUACAUUCCUGUCUGGUGUUAGUAUACUGAACGACAAAAGAAAUGGAGAAUACUAAAUGAGUUCCAGUCUGUCUUCAGUCGUACAUCACGAGCGAAAGUGAGUAAUGUAUGAUUAAAAACACACAAGUGUAGUAUUUUAUUUAUUACACCGCACAUCAACGAACAAAAAUCGCACAGGAUUACUUCCAAAAUAACUGAGCAAGAUAUGAAAAGGAAAAUUGAUGUCAUUUAGUAAAAUGACAUCAUAUUGUGGUUACUUAAUUUAGCUAUUUAUCAAUGAAACUUUGCAUUCCUAAGCCACAAAUCUAUCAAUGAUGUUUUUGCAAACAAUAUUAUAAACCUAUUCAAGGCUAAAUAAAAUUAUUUACAAAUAUAUUUUGUUAAAUUUUGCUGCUAACAUUAAUUAUAAGAAUUGACAGCAAGUAUUUUUGCGAUUUAAAAAUAUGAAUCGAAAGAACCAUGUGCACAAUUUGCAUAAAGAUCUAUGUGGAGUUGUGCGGUGUGACAGUCGAUCACCUGUGAAAGACAAUUUAUAUCACAUGGGUACAACCGCGGUGUAAUGAAAACAGAUAUUCAUUUAGUUGGGGUUUCUUUAAAUACUCAAUAAUAAAUCCCAUUAUUUUUUGUCCAUUAAAAUAUAUUAUGAAUGUCCUGUGAACAUUUUCGUCCACUUUGAUAUUAUAUUUACCGAAUGAAUUGUAAAUUGAAAUAUUUUCACUUCUUUUGUUUUUCAGUGUAGUCGUUUCACUGAUCAUGUCAGUGAUGUACAUUCAUACAAAGUAUACAUCUAUUAUUGUUGAUCAUUACUUCACUUUAUUUGAUUUUAUAUAAGACGAGCUUUUAUUUUAUAUACUCCGUUGUUUAGCUGUUUGUUAUAUUUGCAAAACACUGUUAGUCCAUUCAAAUCAAAAACAUUAUUAGACAAAAAUACAUGGUCAGGUACCUGUACAUUGAAGCUUGCCACAGCACCCAUCUGUAAUCAGCAGUUAGUACUUGCUCUUUUUUUUCUUCUUCAAAAUCAUUUACCAUCAUAUUAAAUUACCCCUACUAAGCAGUCACCUCUCUAAUGUGUCCAGAAGAAGUAACCUAAAGUUGCAUGUCAACAUGUCCGUAUGUGGUAUGAACACGGAUGUUUUGUUUGUGUGUUCAUUUAUGCAGUUGCCAGUACGGUUUGGUAUCCUCUUGUGUGUUUUGGGACAUGUUUCCAUAUCUACCGCUACAUGGUCCGGUAAAAAAACCCACAUUUGCAGGCGUAUGCCAGACCACUCUCCACACUGGACAAAUGGACAAUCUUAUUUCAUUUCAUUGUGUGAGAUUUUAGCCAAACCUGUUUCUGCACAGAAAACUUAAAUUAGAUCCCAAAUCACUGAAACAUGCAUUAUGUAGCUGUAGCAUGUUUUUUGCUGAUCCAAAAUGUAAAUUAAACCACUAUUUUCACAUAAUGGCUAUACUUUUAGAGAAGUGGAUGAUUUGUACACAUUCAAGUAUCACUGCGAACCAGUAAAGAAUUUGCAAUGGGAAUGCAUUAUAAUUGUCACAGGGGAUUCAACAAAACUCCAUAGUAACAUUUUCCUAGUGCUAUAGUACAUAUCAUAGAAAGUUGAUGCAGUACUACAUUUAUUACAUUGUAGUACAUUGUAGUAUCACUAGGGAAAACAAUUUGAGGUAGGACAUUGGUGUAACACAAAAAUCUGUGUUGUUGAUGGUGCUAUACACAAUUUUUUGAAAAAACGUGUAGUUGACUGGUUCACGGGUGUGUACUGUAAUAUUACCAGGUUUAUAUCCUCUGGACUGUGUAGAUAUACAAUUUUGCUAGUUAUUUUAUGGAUUUCACUCCAACUGCUAGCUUCUGCUUCGACUAGCUGUAGUAGUUACAAAUAUGAUUGGUUUUCGAGAUGUACCUCGUCCUGCAUUGCAGCCUUGCUUUCAUGUCAAUGCGUGAAUGUAUUAUCAAUUAUAUAUAUUGUAUAUUUCAUAAUAAAAUAUUAAUAUAU